UGAAAAUGUUAAAUUGGCUUGCCGGACCAACAACAAAUACUCGGCAUUAAAAUGUCGUCCGAUGGGAAUAAUGAUAGUUUAGUGAACAAAUUAAAUGCUUUGGAUUUGUCUUUAGGUAACACAACAUUGGAAGCAAUAGCAAAAAGUGAUAAUAUCAAAGAUAUAGAUAAUCCAGUACAGACUGACGACUAUGAGGUCGUUGACGAGUACGAUCUUAGUUUACCGUGUAAACCUCCUCCUCAAACGGCAACCGAAAAUGGCAAUUGUGACGAUUGCGACGAAGACCACGGCAGCGGCAAUAGAUCCAAUUCCUCCAGCGUUAUUUUUGUGGAGGACAGUACAGAUUCCUCAGUGGUUAGCAUUAUACCCCCAUCAGAUACCGAUACAUCCAACAAGGAGGACAACGAACAGGAAAACGCGUGGACAACAGUAACGAUCUCGGAGACAGCUAGCGACACCAACAGUGUUGACUGUUCCCGCGUCAGCAUGCAAAAAGUUGUAGAGAAAUCCCCAAAUAAACGUUGCUUGUCUAAUGGGGGCCCAACCCAUUCGUCUUUAGGGCGUAACAAACGUAUGAAACGUCGUUCCGAGAAGCGUAAAUAUGAGCCAGCGCAGCCAAAUUCUUCUCUAAGUUCUGUAACCUCCAGUGAACUAUUUAGCGAUGAUGAUGAGCAAGAAUUUUGCCGUGGUCUUGCCGCUUUGGAAAUGCCGCAACCAUCAUCAGCAUCGUCUAGUAGUCCCAAAGUGGUGAUAACACGUAGUGGACGUACAAUACGUGCACGUUUAAAUCUAGAAUUUGAUUAUUCUUCCGAAAUUCCCGAAGAAGACGAAGAUGAGGAGGAAGAGGCUGAACAUGAGGCUGACACUGAAGACGAUGAGACAUGCAGCGAAGAAGAUGAUGAUUAUAGUGAGGAUGCCGAUUAUACCGAUGGCAUGGAAUUACCCAAAUGGUCUAAUCGCAAACAUAGACGCACCUUGUCCAGCACCCAAACUGCAAGCUCCACGAGUCAGAGUAGUGAAUCGGAAAUCAAUGCCACACCAUGUAUAAUUUAUUUGGAUCUAAGUCAGCCAAUAGCUAGAGUUAGAAGAGAACCUCAAAUGGAUACAUCUAUUGAUCAGAAUGAGCAAUUGAUGAUCAAGUUAAAGAAAUUAUUGGGUCUUGUAGCAGCGCGACGUCGUCUCUAUAAUCCCAGCGAUAAUUAUAGUAUUGCUGAGGAUGAGGAGAAGGUUAGUCAAUUGGAGUCACCUAAUAGUACCUUACCCAACACCAACGCCACUGCAUCGAUAACGGUACUAACAGUCCCCGCCUCACCACCACCGGCCAAGACCUGGUCCACGCAAAAUCUCUCAAAUUCGAAAUUGAUAUCAACUGCCGAGCUGCAAAAGAAGAUCAUAGAUGACAAUGUGUUGCGCAUUAAUGGCAUCUCGUAUGCGGAAUCCCAAAUGCCAAUCCAUCUGCGACAAGAGCCCAUCGAUUUGAGUGAGUUGCCGCCACAAACGCAACGGGAUCAAUUGUGUCGCCAGCACAAAAGUUGUUUCACCUAUCUGGAACAGCAUCCGCUGUUCUAUAAUUUCGUGGAGUCCCUUAGUCCGGAAAUCUCUCUCAAUAUGUGCCAUCCCUUGGCCACAAGCUAUCGCAAUAAAGAUUUCCAGCAAUGCAAACAGCAAUUGGCCAAGAUACUCUUUAAUAUGUUCAAUCAUCGGAUCUUCUAUUGUGGCCUGCGUCCUCAAAUAAUUUGGAAACGUUCGCUAACAGUCCACAGUAGUCGCCUUAUUGUCUCCGGGGAGCAAGCACGUCGUUCGGCCAUUAUUAUUCUCAGUGAGAGUAUACAGCAGCCGGCAGUAUUAGUUAAAUCAGUAUUGCAUGAGAUGUGCCAUGCGGCGGCAUUUGUAUUUAAUGCCGAAACCGGACACGGGGAUAAUUGCCGUAAAUGGUCGUAUCUAGCCAAAUCAUUGAUGCCGGAAUUGCCAUUUGUUGGCGAUUGUGAUGCCACGUAUAAAUAUAGUUGUUAUCUCUGCGAGGCCACCUCAUUUGGUCGCAUUAAUUUCCCCGAUGAUGGCGAUGACCGGUCACAUGAGAUGCAGCAGCAUUUACAUUGUUCAUAUUGCCAAUUUGAGGUACUUGUCGAGCCAUGGCAGAGCGAUUUUCCACACUCUUGGUCCUGUACGGAUCCAUUGAUGACGCCGUAUAAGAAAUUUAUCAAAAACAAUUAUUCCAAAGUGAAGGAGCCAGUCACAAGUCAUAAUGAAAAGAUGCGUCAAUUGAAUUUGGAAUAUAUGCAACAGAUGUCCAAUUGAAAAUGUUCCGAAAUCCCAGCUAUAUAUAUAUAGAUCCUAAAACAAAUGAAUGGAAUUCAAUUUUGUUUAGUUUUAUUGUGGUUUUUUUUUUAAUAUUUUUUAUUGUAAUAAAAUUGGUUAGUCUAUUGAUAGAA